ACCAAUCAAGCUGCUGAUCCAGAUCAACAGUUGUGAAUACAAUGACUCUAAACAAGCCUCUCUGAGCAUUAAGCAGACUGACAACACAGAAACCCGUUUCAAUCUCACAGCAGUGAAACCUCAAAAUUUCAACAUCAUGCAUAGAAGGUAUAUCUCAUCUCAAUUCAAGAACAUCAUCUCUAAAAGUCUCCUGAUCGAACCAGGACCCCCAGCUGUCUACCAGCUACAGACAAAAAAUGAGGACUUCGGACCUCUGACUAAAAUGACCCUAGGAAAGAAAAACCUGAACAAGGCAAAUAGAACGGUGUUACUGGUGGGUGAAACAGGAGCAGGAAAGUCUACCAUCAUCAACUCUCUGGUCAACCACGCCAUGGGAGUGAAUUAUGAAGAUGAACUCUGGUUUCAGAUUGUAAAAGAUGAGAGGAGGGACCAGACUGAGAGUCAAACAUCAGAUGUAGUUGUUUAUGAGAUCUUUGGGUUUGAAGAUCAAACUCUUCCUUUCUCUCUUACCAUCAUUGACACGCCUGGAUUUGGAGACACCAGAGGGAUAGAAAAAGAUAUUAUUGUCAGUCAAAGAUUGUUUGACUUGUUUCGAUCUGAUGAGGGGAUCAAUGAGAUUCACGCUGUUGGUCUGGUGGUUAAGUCCACGGACAAUCGAGUGAAUGAUCGCCUGUCAUACGUCUUCAAUUCAGUCAUGUCUCUGUUUGGGAAGAACCUUGAGAAAAGCAUUGUGGCUCUCAUUACUCAUUCUGACGGAAGAGCACCCAAGAAUGUUCUUCAAGCGCUUGAAGCUACACAUAUCAAAUGUGCAAAAAACGAAAGGAAUCAACCAAUUUGCUUCCUUUUUGAUAACUCCCAAGCUGAAGACCGAUCAGAAGACGAGGAUUUCCUUAAAGCAGCUGAUGAAAUUUCAAAGAAAGGAAUGAAAGCCUUUACAGACUUCUUGGAAAGGAAAAGUCCUCAAAGACUGAUUUCGACCAUGGAUGUCCUGAGCGAACGCAUCAGCCUGACCUCCUGCAUCCAGAACCUGCAGGAGAGAAUCCUGUUAAGUGAGCAGAAGGAAAGGGAACUCAAACAAACUCUUGAUGCUCUGAAAAAACAAGAAGAUGAAAUGAAUAAAUCUCACGUAGUCACUGUAGAUGUUGAUGUUGUCUACAAAGAAAAAGAGCCUCUAGCAAGUAAGGGUUUUUUUAGGCGUAAUUUGUUUGAGAAAGCAAUGGUGUGCACCAUCUGUGAAGAGAACUGCCACUAUCCUGGCUGUACAUUAAGCCGCAAUCCUCAACGCUGUGAGGUCAUAAGAAACGGCCACUGCACUGUCUGCUCUGGGAAAUGUCCUGCAUCGGCUCAUGUGAAGGAAAGAUGGAGAUAUGUAACAAAAACCAAAAAGGUAAAGAAGACCAUAGAAGUUCAGAAAAAGAUGCUGGGAGAGAAAGUUGACCCCACAACAAGGGAUGCUACCUUAAAUCGUUUUUACAAGCAAAUAGAUGAACUGAAAGCAGAAAAGGUCCGGCUUGUCCUUGAGUCUUACCAACAUGUCAUGAAACUGGAGGAUAUCGCCCUCAAAGCGGAUUCCGUCUCAACUUUUGUUCACAUGGAUUUCUUGAUCGAAAAGCUGAAGGAAACAGGAGACACAAAGAAAGCUGGGAUACUGGAGGAGAUAAGAAGCCGAAUGGAUGCUGGAACCAAAUUAGCACUAGACUACAUGUGGGCAAAAACAAUUGGAGCAGAGUAAAACCAGGAAAGAACUGACGGUCAAAUCAUAUCAAUGACAGGUCAGACAAGAGAGCUUCAUCAGUUGAAUUACCUCUAGAAAGGUUCCACUUUAUAUAAGAUUUUUGUAUAUCAUCUCAUCAUAAAGGUAAAAGGGUUUAAUGAUUGUUUAAUACAAUAGUCAUCAUUUUACAAAAUUGUAUCUUUUUAUCUUUUUAAUAUGUCUGUAACUAUCAAAUAUAAUACGCCAUUAUACAGAAGAAAAUAUUAGAGCAAACAUAAUUACCACCAUCUGUCCAUGGUGUCUUGUCUAUCCGUCAGGGUCCCAGUGGGGCUGGAAGCUAUCUCCACCAGUCUUGGUUAAAGGCAGGGAACACCCUGGACAGGUCGCCAGUAUAUAGUGGGGCAACACGGAGAUACACAAAGACACAGAGCAAUGCAACCACACCCUAACCCCUAAGGGCAUUUUAGACAUGCCAAUUUACAUAACUGUAAGAGUUUUUGACAGUGGGAGGAAGCCAGAGUACCCUGAGAAAACCCAGUCCUGCAAGGGGAGAACAUGCAAAAUGCAGAAAUCAAACACAGCUUCUUGGUGGAAGGCAAGAGUGCUACACACUACCCCACUGUCCAGUCUUAAAAUUUAAACCAACAAUAGAAAAUCUAAAAAAACCUAAUAUAAGUGAAUAUGGGUAACUGGGAAACCAUUUAUUUAAUAAAGAAAUUAAGAUUUAUAAUAUCAAUGAUUUUCUGAUUAAAGGUGGUUUUACCAUUUUUCAAUUCUUAGUUCCAAUGGCAGCAUUAGAAAUACUCAUUCAAAUCCAACAGUUUAUUGAUCUACUUGUUGCAUCUGCUAUCCUCUGUCUAAAAAACUAAUGCAACAUAUUGCCAAAAAUUGUCUUCUGAAUUUAUGGAUAUAUUAUAUUGUUACAUUUUUUAUUGUCUCAACAAAUAUCACAAAAAUAAUAUGAUAAAAUGAGAAGAGCUAGUAUCCACUUACUAGCUUUUCAAAAAUGUAAAUAUUUUGUUUAGCUAUAAUUAAUUGAAAUGAGAUUUUGACUUUUGUAGAUUUGACUUUAGUACAUUAUUUUGUAUUUCUUAUAUAGGAAAAGGUCUUUGUGUAACUAAAUGUUUAUUCCUUUAAUAUGUUGGGGUUUUUUUAGUUUGUGAUAUGAUAAGUGAUAAUGUCAUUAAAUGGACUUUAAUAUAAUUAUACACACUAUACAGAGUUUUACAUUAGAAAUAUCCAGCAAUAAUAUCUAUUUUGUAACGGUUUUGUAUCAAAUCUUUGGCCUUCUGGUGAUAAAAUGUUUGAUGAAUGACACCAUAUUACUGUUUGUGUGUUUAUUGGAUCUUUGUUUAACUGGAAUCAGUGAUGGGUUCUAUGCUGGUACCAUGGUUCUUAGCGCUACUGUCAGUGUGAACAAGAAAAACUCAGGUUUAAAGAAAAAUAUC